AGUCGCAUGCAACACUUCCGCCGACUUGACGCGUCUGAUCGGGAUCAUGUCCGCUGCCGCUAUCGCUGAGCAACGGAGGGAGAGAAGGCCGACGCGCGGAGCCAAAGCGAACCGCAGCAGCAGCGACAGGGCUGGGCUCCUCUGAGCCGCCUUCAACCGAGACACGCACCAGAGGGGGAAACGGGAUGGCAUAGUCGAAUUGUGUUGCCAGCAGUUGAUUGGCAGUGAGCUACCCGGACCUCAGGUGUGUAAUAAAACUCACUACUUUAUGUUAUCCGCUGACGUAUUGCUCCGACCGGCGGCAGCAGAGAUGAGUGUGACCUCGUGGUUCCUGGUGAGCAGUGGGGGCACUCGCCACCGACUCCCCCGGGAAAUGAUCUUUGUCGGCCGGGAUGACUGUGAGCUCAUGCUACAGUCCCGCAGCGUGGACAAGCAGCACGCAGUCAUCAACUACGAGGCCGGCACAGACGAACACAAGGUCAAGGACCUGGGCAGCCUGAAUGGGACCUUUGUGAACGAUGUGCGCAUUCAGGAGCAGAUGUACUUCACUCUGAAGUUGGAGGACAAGCUGAGGUUUGGAUAUGAUACCAACCUGUUCACGGUGGUGAGAGGAGAGCUCACUGUGCCUGAAGAGGCUCUAAAGCAUGAAAAGUUCACCAGCGGCCUCCAGCUCAGCAAGAAGCCAUCCACUGUUGAAACCACGAGCACAACAGCCCCAAGCAAGUCCCCCGCCAAGUCCCCAAUAAAGGCACUGAAGUCCCCGGGUGGCAGCAACCCAAAGCCAGUGGAGAGCAGAGCAACCGACGGGCUGCCGUCCUCCAAAGAGCUGCCAGCCAGACCUGCGGACACUCACAAAGCUGAGGAGAGGCUAGCAGGAGACAUUGCAGCGCUGCCUCGUGGGACCCCCCUGUACGGCCAACCGUCUUGGUGGGGGGAUGGGGACGCGGACGACGAGAACUCCUUCAAACAGGAAAUCAAGUCAUCCAGCAAAAAACAUGACGGCUCCAUUUCAGACAGCAAAGAGGCUCGUCGGGGGGAAAAAGCUAAAGAGGACGGCCUUCACGCGUCCCCCUCCCACGAUUCCAGCUACUUUGAGAUGCCCACCAAGGAGGGUCACGCGGCCAGUAACGGCAUACACGAGGUUCCCACCAAGGACACGGAGGGCGCCGGCUCUCUCAACACUGCGGCUCAAGGUCACGCCUCCUUCACCAUUGAGUUCGACAACACUUCUCCGGGGAAAGUCACCAUCAAAGACCAUGUGUCGAAGUUCACGCCCGACCAACACCGGCCGCGCUCCAAGAAGAGCGGAGCGGGAAGCGGAGCAGCGGGGGGGAGGGACUUGAGCACGCUGCAAGCCGCAAUGAUGGCGUCGGAGAGCAAGGUCGCUGAUUGGCUGGCCCACAAUGACCCCACGCUGGUGCGCACCGAGUCGACAGAGGACGACAGCAAGAGCAUCAAGAGCGACGUGCCGGUGCAUCUCAAAAGGCUAAAAGGCAGCAAACACGAGGACGGCACCCAGAGUGACUCAGAGAACGGACUGGGCCUGCGUUUCGCCAACCGCCGCCACGCCCUCGAGGAGCGCCUGAAAGCAGCGCACAGCCUCGCGGGAGCAGGAGGGGGGAACCUGGCGGCCAGCGCGUCCAGGACAGGCGGCAGCCGCACGUCCUUCAUGAUCGAGUUCUACGACGAGGAAAACCACCGCAAGCGCCGGUCGUACUCCUUUUCCCAGGCUGCAUCACUGCAGGGGCUUGGAGCCGGUGGGGAGGGGCUGUUUCCUCAGCCCCCCUCUCACCCGAAGGUGUUCAGCAUUUCCACCUCUGCAACUACAGCCUCAGACUCAGGUAGAGUCCCGGCUCCGAUACCGGCGACAGUGACCGCGGGAGCGCCCACGGCGGCCCGCGUGCUUCUCAAGCAGAGGUCCGAGGACCAGAGUAUCGGUCGCAGCUCGGCCAGUACCGGGCUGGCGACGGGCAGCCCCACCAGCCCCAGCGAGGACAUCUCGGUCGUGGGGAGGGCGGCGGGAACUGCCGGAGGGGAGACGGCGGAUGACCACAGCGAUAAGGGCACCUACACUAUCGAGCUGGAGAACCAGAACGCGGAGGAGGAGGAGGCCCGGCGCAUGAUAGACAAGGUGUUUGGUGUGCAGCAGAACCAGGACUCUAGUCUUUCAGACCUGAAAGUAGGAGGGAACGGAAAGGAGACCAUUGAGACGGGAAAAGAGGCUCUUCCCGGCGACUCGAGUUGGGUCUCUCAGUGGGCCAGUCUAGCUGCCAAUCACACCAGGACCGACCCAGAGGGCUCAGGAGCAGAAACAGCCGCCUUCCUCCACAAAGAGAGAGGAACUGAGGCCUUUGAGUCGGGCGCGUCCCUCAGCAGAGACGAAUCCUCUUCCAGUCUAACCGACCGUAGGCGCAGGACCCUCCCCCAACUCCCUCUGGAUGACCCCCGGGCUCAGUCCAGCACCAAAGCUGUUGGUCUGAGGUCAGAGAUCGGGGAGAAACAGGACACUGAACUCCAGGAAAAAGAGAACAAGGGAGACGGGGAGUCCCCGACUCCCAUGAGGGACGGCGUGAUGGCCAGUAAACGGAAACAAAGCUCCACAUCCUCUCCGUCCAAGGCUCCCCUCCGGCCCUCUGGAACCCCCGAGCGGAGGAAGAGGUCAGAGGAGAGGAAUGGAGGGGAGUCGGGGGAAGGGGGAGACAAGUCGGGGAAGCCUCUCGUGCGCCAGGGCAGCUUCACAAUCGAGAAGCCCAGCGCUAGCGUCCCUGUGGAGCUCAUCCCGCGCAUCAACCGCGGCGGCGGAGGCGGCGGGCGGGAGCGCAGCGACUCGGUGGGCAGCAUGGAUACGGCCACGCUCCUGAAGGACACCGAAGCCGUCAUGGCAUUCCUGGAGGCCAAACUGAGAGACGAAAACCAACUAGAGCCGAAAGGCAGCAAAAGGGGCGUCCCACCUCGCACCGACUCCAUCUCCCCCGAGUCGGACGUUGACACGGCCAGCACAGCUAGUCACGUGACCGGGGUGGCAGAGAGGAAGGCGUCAGGUGGCGGGGAGCAUAAGCGGCGUUCCUUCAGCAGCAUGCAUCGGGAGAAGAGCAACAUGAGCACCGCUUCCAAGGCCAGCGUCACCAACGCCAGCGCCCGCGAUCGCUUGGACAGGAAGGCGAAAACUAAAAGCGUCGAGGUGACGAGCCGGACGGACGCACGGCGCCCUGUUCAGCCGUCCUCCGCCUCCUCCAGAGCGCGCCAGCCCUCUCAGGAUCUCACCGACGACGACCAGAACUCUUCCUUCCCCAUCUCCGACAUCCUCUCCUCGGACCAGGAGACCUACUCCGGACCGCUGGGGCGCUCGGCCCACGGAUGCGGCGGCUCAGACGACUUUCUGCAUUCCAAAGCCGACGGCAGGUCGGCUAAAGCGUCCGCCGGCGGAUCCUCCAAAACCAGGAGCACCCUGCAGGCGGCAACCACCGCCUCCCUCAGCAAGCAGGCCUCCCUGCCUCAGCCGCGGCCCACGAGAGCCUCCCUCCUCCGCCGCGCCCGGCUGGGCGACACCUCGGACACGGACCUGGCCGAUGCCGACCGCGUGUCCGUGGCGUCCGAGGUGUCCACCACCAGCUCCACCUCUAAGCCGCCAUCCGGUCGAAAAGGACUGUCGCGACUGGACCUGCUGGCCCAGCCGCGCAGGACUCGCCUGGGCUCCAUCUCGGCCCGCAGUGACUCCGAAUGCACCGUGACGCGCGGCUCCGCCUCCUCCCCCCGCCUGUCGGCCGAGACCGCCCUGCGCCUGGGCCUGCGCUCGUCGACCCCGACCGAGAGCAGGCUGACGCCCAGGAUGAGGGCCAACAGCGUGUCCAAGCUGAACGAGGCCAAGAGUAAGACCACGGCAUCUGGGUACUGCUCCCCUACAGAGAGCCCUCAGCCAGAACCUGAGGGUGGUGAUGAAGAGGAGGAGCUGAUGGUGUCCAGCAGCAGCAGGUGGAGACGUCUGCCGCCGGAGUACGGCUCCACCUCAGAGGAGGAGUUUGGCUCCAACCGCAAUUCUCCGAAGCACGGAGGCCGCUCCCACAUGCGUCCUCAUCACCUCGCGCCACACCGCGGCGGCCCCAGACCGGCCGCCGCCGCCGCCAGCCCGGGGUCCACCGUGGUGACCGGCCCGGGUGGAGGGGUGAUCAAACACCGCAUGAAGGAGCAAGAGGAGUACAUCAAGGACUGGACGGCACACAGCGAGGAGAUAGCCAGGUUAUUCCCCUGUGUGCGCAGGAUCAGCCAGGACCUGGCUAAGGACUUGGCCAUCUUGGCCCGCGAGAUCCACGAUGUGGCUGGCGAGAUCGACUCCGUCAGCUCAUCGGGCACGGCGCCCAGCACCACCGUCAGCACCGCCGCCACCACCCCGGGAUCGGCCAUCGACACCCGGGAAGAGGUAGGCCCUGCACGUCCCACGCAGCCGGACAUACAGGAGAGCAUGAGAAAGUUGGUGGAUCGAGUGUUUGACGAAAGCCUGAACUUCCGCAAGAUCCCGCCUGUGAUUUCAACCAAUAAAGCGCCAGAGAUCAACGGCAAGCCGGUGGAGCUCCGCCCCCGGGCCCCCGACAGUCACGAGCCCCGGGCCCUGAGGAGACGCACCUGGAACCGAGAGGAGGCCGUGUUGGACAGCUUGCUGCUCAAUUCAGUUUCUCAGCUGUCCACCAAGAUCAGGAACUCUAUCGAUAAAACCGCGGGAAAAAUCAGGAUUUUGUUUAGAGAUAAGGACAGGAACUGGGAUGAAAUUGAGAAUAAACUGCGAUCGGAGAGCGACAUACCACUCCUGAAAACCUCCAACAAGGAGAUCUCCUCCAUUCUGGUCGAACUGAAGCGAGUCGAAAAGCAGCUACAAGUGAUCAACGUAAUGGUGGACCCAGACGGGACCCUGGACGCCCUGGCCUGCCUCGGUCUAACCAGCCCCACCAGUCCCACCAAGCCCCAAACCGCCAAAACAAGCCUCCCUCCCGCCUCCUGCCCCGCGUCGGUUCUCUCAGCCAAAGAAUCCCUGCCGGCCAUCCCCCCCGGAGCCGCAGGAUCGGCGGCCGCGGUUCCGGCUCCCAUCGGCGGCGCGGCGGAGACGGCGCGGGACCCCGGCGUGAAUCGGGGGUUGGCGGUGGUCGGGGGACUGUCCUUUAAGCGCAUAUGGCCGAGCGGGGAGGAGGCCAUCGCACAGAAGUGAACAGCAAA